UACUGCUGCUUUACCUAAUACCUCGACUGACGUUUCUCUCCUUGAAGAAGUACGCGAUUAUCCUCCUGUAGUGCAAACUGUGGUGUAACCCGGGCGCGACCGUUACUUCGUCGUCAGUUUUUAGUUUUUCAAAUCGCCGGAGUUUUCAUCGAGACGACGUGUAACGACCUGUGUUUCUCUACUGCGACGUUAUAUAUGCUCUUUGUUUUCGUGAUUCUUUUGGACUUCCUUUUCGUUCUUUCUUUCCAUUUUCCUUUUAUUUCUUAACCAUUCCGCAAGGAUAUUCCACGAAUACGAUCACGAAACUGUCGCGCGGAUCACUCACGUGAAUAAAGUGUACUCGUGUCGUCGUCGCAAGACUCGUCGUAACGCCAGUUCUCAAAGUCAGUGUUUUUACGGGUUGUGAUUGCGACUGUCGUUAUUCUCGAGGAUGGGCGUUCUGGCGACACAACACGCCGCCUCCCUCCUCCCUCUGACGAACCGAUGAGAACGCUUUUGUUUUCAUCGAAGUGUAACUCGCUCGAAGCAUAUCUCGUGCGGUAUUUUAAUGACGUCCUGGUGAAUUAUGAAGGUGAAAUAUUAGUAUAAAGAAGGAGAGGAAGAAAAAAAGAGAAAUUUAUUAAGCCGAUUUAUAAUAGCGGAUGGACAAUAUCAAAGUGGGAGGAGUUAUCGUAACAGUCGAAGAAAGUAAUGGAUGCUCAAAGGCCAAAAACUGUAAAGGUAAAGGGGCCGCGCGAGUGACGUUGCUUUUUUGUUAACGCGCGGCCGAGCGUAUCGGUUUAAAAGAGGAACCGGGGAGUGUUCAUACUGGUUAAACGCUUGUGAAAUGGAUGGUACGCCAAAGAAAAGCGAAGCAGUGCUAAUAUAUGGAUGCCCAUGGGUGGAAUUUGGCCGAGAUGUGCCAGCGUUACCAUCAUGCUGUACCAGCAGCCCAGCAGAACUCAUCACCAGCUAGGGACCAAGUGCAGGGCCUUACCAGUGGGACUCACAUCGAGCAGCCCAAUCAGGCCUCCUAUUCGCAUUACACGAUGCUGGACAAUUAUGACCGGGGCGAAGUGACACCACCGCCAGUGAGCAGCUACGGCGGCUCUCCAGGGCUUCUCGCGUUGCAUUCCUCGCUCUACGCGACCCCCGCUUCGAGGGCCUUCGACAUAGACUCGAACAUCGAUGGGAACGAGAGCUCAAUGCCGGUCGACACUCAAAUCAUACCGGGAUUUUAUAUUCCCUUUCAGAUACCAAGCAUGCUGAGCGGUCCGGCUCAGCAGAGACUGGAGGACAUGUCCUGGCUCUCGUCCGCUCCAUCUAUGGACUAUCAGCAGGGCAUGCCUACGUUAUCGUCCGGCGUCAAGAUGUGCCAUCCUGGCAGCUCGGCUCAACGCAGUCUAAAGGAGCAGAGGAUACGAAGGCCGAUGAAUGCCUUCAUGGUUUGGGCUAAGGUCGAGCGCAAGAAACUCGCCGAUGAGAAUCCUGACCUCCACAACGCGGACCUCAGCAAGAUGCUCGGUAAGAAAUGGAGGGGUCUCACUCCUCAAGAUAGAAGACCCUACGUGGAAGAGGCCGAGAGACUCAGGGUGAUUCACAUGCAGGAACACCCGAACUACAAGUACAGACCACGACGUAGGAAACAUGCGAAAAGAGCCCCAGGGGCUCCCUCUUCGCCUCCCUCAGCGACAAACACCCCAGGCACUAGGUCCAAUCCUGGCGGCGCUACGAUUCAUCAUUCCAUGUCCAAGAUGGACAGCUACCAAGGCAUACCACAGAUCCCGUGGGGUGGCCACUCGCCGAUCUCGUCCUUGUACCAUCAGCAGCAACAGCAAAGCAUCCAGGAGUACAAAUCGGAGAAUAAUUCUCUCUACGGCAGUCCCUACACGCCCAUCAUCCACACGCCGGACAUAUCUCCCGUCGCCAGUCCGGAGCCGGAUGCUGAGGGCACGCAUCUUUCAUCCACGCAACAUCCUGACCCCGAGCGUGACCUGAUGGAAGGUACCUCCAAGCACAGCGACAUCAACGAGCAAUCAAAACGCUACGGGUACAUGAGUGGCGAUAGCCAAUUGCACGGUGGACACGUCGCCACGAGUAUAUCGUCCUGUCCAAACAGCAGCGGCGGUUACACGGACACUCUGACUUAUAAGAAAUCCGUGAGUUACCUCAACUUCGAGAGGCAGAGUUCGAGCAUAGCCGCCGUGGGUAUAGCCAAUGGUAUGAUGGUCUCCUGCAACAAGUUACGUUCCGGCUUCGACAACGUGGGCUCCGUUACCGGCACGUUUUACCCGCCUGUGGCAUCUCCGCACGAUCAAUCGCUCCAUUACACGACAGCCCAGUCCAAUAAGGCUGCUAACUAUUCGAUGCAAUCUGCCGUGGACAAUAGUUACAAUCCUUGCAAUCGGCAACAAUCGAUUGGUAUACGUGGAUCGGCUGAAGGAUGUUCUGGAGUCUCUCAUAGAUAUCAGAUGUCUCAUCACCAGGAGUACCAACCGGAAAGUGGUUCAGGACAGCAACAAGUCGUUCUAUCUCAUCUGGAUCCAGGCAUGACCGAUGACGAGCAAGAACAGGCUCUACAGCUGGAAAAAUACUUCAAGUAUUCACAUCCAACGAGUGUUCCUCACUCGAGUCUCACCUCCCAAAGUCUUCUGGACAGUAAUCACAAUUAUGCGAGUGAUUUGCGUUAUUAUGCUCCUCAACAGACACAGCUUGACCUAUCGAACUCUCAGUGCAUCGUCGACGAACAGAAUAAGGAGAGCCAGUGUUCCGCUAUUGGACAUUCCAUGGAUCAGUAUCAUCAGAGUAUGGAUGUUUCUAAGUAUCAAGAACAGCAGCAGCAGCAGCAGCAGCAACAGCAACAACAUCAGCAACAACAUCAGCAACAGCAGCAACAACAGCAGCAACAACAUUCACAGCAAUCACAGAACAUGGAACAAGUCUCAAAAGCUGACGAUGACUUCAGCGUCAUUCUGGCUGAUGUGCGCAAGACGUGUUACAGUAGUUAGUGCCUUCUAGGAACACGGUUAUUGCGUAAUGAAUCAUUUUUUAUUCUUCCCUCCAAGGCUGUCACACCGCCGGCAAAUUAUUUGACUCCAAUAAGAGAUUACGCACGAGGAUUACUUACUGCACCACUCUGCAGGAGAUAUACCUAACAAUCUUAUUACGAUUCCCAUUUCCAUGGGAAUAUAUCUAUGGGUCUCCGGGUGCUUAAGGGUCGUUGACGAAAAUUGACUCCGUAGGAGUUCCCGAUGUGUGGGACGUCAACCUAGACGUACAAAGGGUUCUCAAAGAACUUCAGAGGGACACGUUAUAUAUCUUCACGGUAGGGAGACACAACGUGCGAGGGUGGAUUUUCUUUACCGUUACUUUCAAUAAAUGAAAACAUCAUUCUUCGUAUAUAGAAGUAAACUCUCGCAUUCAGAUCCGAUCCACAACAGUUUCAUAAACGGAUGUAGUAUACGCAUAGUGACAGUUGGGCGAAGUAGCGAGAUCAAAAGCGUACCUUAGUUUCUUACUUAAACUAAAAGUUUAUCGUACAUACGAUCCCAGUUCGAAUGUAAAAUGCAUUAAGCAACGAAACGUACGUAGUUGAGACGUGGUGUAUGUGUUACGAACGUGAGGGUGUGCUAAAUUAUUAUUAUUAUUAUUAUUAUUAUUAUUAUAAUAUUGUUAUUAUCGCUAUAACUGUAAUUCGGUGCUUAAAAGUAGCCGAUGAAAAUAAUUGUAUAUUGUUCUCGUUUCCGUCUACCCUCAUUUUUAUUAUUAACGUGAAUUCAUGGCACUUCCGUUAAGCUGAUUGUUUUGGGCGCUAUGAUUUAUUUUAAUGACGAUCCGGUCGUCAAAAAAUGAAAUUCCGUUUAUAACGAUUGAGUUUUAGCUUGACGAACUUUUAUCUUAGGAUUCUCGUCGAUGCCGAUCGGCAUCGCACGUGGCAUUAAGAUUUACACUUGUAAAAUCCGCGCAAAGUGAACGAGAGUGGUAACUUGGGACUUUCAAGAAAAAAAAAGAACAGCCAAUCGUGAAACGAUUGGAUCCAUUGAAUCUUCAUGCCACGUUACGCACGAAUUAGCGCUUAAGGAAAUAGCUGAAGAAAAAAAGUCUAGACAAAGAAUCAGACGCGGCGCUCGAUUAAACGAUCGCAGAGCACGAGAAAGGCGUAGAUAUAAAAUGUAUUAUCAAAAAUAAAAGAGAAUAUUUUUCACCAAA